GCAGCAGCAGCGACAACAGCAACAACAACAACAGCAGAAACAUUGUCCAAAAAGUGGAUAAACUAUUUACUAAAUCACACCACAAACCAUGUGGAUAAACAACAUGUGGGAAAUGGAAUGGAUGACGAUGAUGGCAAUGAUGUCGAUGUCAUCGAUAGUGGUUUCUCGUCAUCAUCAACGCCAAACAGUUACCUGCCGCACUAUGACAAUGUCGAUGCCGAUGCCGAUAUCGAUGCCGAUGUGGAUGUGGAUGUCGAUGUGGACAAGACGCAAGCGGCGGCUGAGGAUGCCGGCUAUGCUCUGAUCGAUGACAUCAGCGAGUGGUUGUUAAGUGGUCCAACAGUCAAUGAAGCGGAUAAUCGCACGUUGGGCCCAACGACAACGAUAAGCAAUGAGACUGCAAUGAGCUGGCUGACUCUGGACAUGAGUGAGGCGACCGCACUGAAUACUACAACCACCAGCAGUAGCAUCCAGCAGGCCAGCAGGCGAGCAGGGAACAGCUCAUUUGCCGCCGAUGCCGAUGAGGAUGAGACCACAGGUCAGGGCCUCUAUGCAUUGCGCAACCUUGUGGAGCAACAGCUGCAGUCAGCUGGUGGUCAGGCCGGUGGGGGCCAGGAAGCUGAUAUGGCCCUUAUUGACAGUGCGGAGGAGAGUGCUCUCGACAAUGUGGCAGAUAGCGAGACGGACUACGGUCUGCUGAGCGGCUUCAAUGAUAUGGAGUUGCUUCAGCGUGCUGCCAAGGCAACUGUGAGAAACCGAACUGCCAAUUAUGCUGUUGGUGGAACUGGAGGAAGCGUCAGCAGCAGCAGUGGCAGUGGCAGUGGCAGCUCAUUCAUGCUGCUGCUGGAAAAUUUUAACGAUUAUUUUCCCAACUAUAAUGGCAGCACGUUAACGGGGACAACAGUUGUCGGUACCGCGACAGUGGCCAGUGGUGGCCCUGGCAGUGGUGCCGAUCAGAAUCUGACCAGUCUCUAUUUGGAGAACUAUCGAAUCAAUUGCACAAACGCAACGCUGAAUCUAACAAGCGAAUCGUGUGCUGAAUUGCGAGUUGUGGACCACAAUUAUUGGGCUCUCAUCUUGAUAUUGUUUCCGAUUUUAACCCUAUUUGGCAAUAUACUUGUCAUACUCUCCGUUUGCCGCGAACGCUCGCUACAAACAGUCACGAAUUAUUUUAUAGUAUCAUUAGCCAUAGCCGAUCUGCUGGUCGCUGUUGUUGUAAUGCCGUUUGCUGUCUACUUUCUGGUGAAUGGUGCAUGGGCAUUGCCUAAUGUCGUUUGUGAUUUCUAUAUAGCAAUGGAUGUGAUAUGCUCCACUUCAUCGAUAUUUAAUUUAGUGGCUAUUUCAAUAGACAGAUACAUCGCUGUGACGCAACCAAUAAAAUAUGCCAAGCACAAAAACAGUCGCCGUGUUUGCCUUACCAUAUUGCUAGUAUGGGCAAUAUCGGCUGCUAUCGGUUCACCGAUAGUUCUUGGCCUAAAUAAUACACCCAAUCGUGAGCCAGAUGUUUGCGCCUUCUACAAUGCCGAUUUUAUAUUAUAUUCAUCACUGAGCAGUUUCUAUAUACCAUGCAUAAUUAUGGUAUUUCUUUAUUGGAACAUAUUCAAGGCGCUGCGUAGUCGAGCCCGCAAACAACGUGCAGCCCGCAAGCCGCAUCUCUCAGAGCUGACGGGUGGCAGUGUUAUAGAGAACAUCGCCCAGACCCGGAGACUGGCUGAAACGGCUCUCGAUAGCAGUCGUCAUGCCAGCCGCAUCAUGCCCGAUGAGCCGGCCACCAAUACGGCAAGUGGUUCCAACGAGGAAGAGGACGAGAAUGCCAUAUCGCCCGAUAUCGAUGACUGUCAUGUCAUUGUGAAUGACAAGUCGACUGAAUUCAUGCUGGCCACCGUUGUCGAGGAGACCGGCAACAGCGUUGUGGCACAGAUCACAACACAGCCGCAGCUGGUUGUUGCCGAUCCGAAUGGUAAUCAUGAUUCUGGUUAUGCUGCUUCAAACGUUGACGAUGUCCUUGCAGGAGUGGGCGCUGCGGCAGUAAGCAGUACAACGCCGCCGGACAGUCCGUUGCCCAGUGGUGCCACACUACAGCGCUCCAGUGUUAGCAGUCGACGCAACACAGCCGAGGAUUCACCAAAGCGCGGGGAGCCAGCUCUAAGCGUCGCCAUGAAGCCGUUGUCGUUUGUCCGCUAUGGCGUACAGGAGGCCAUGACUUUGGCACGCAACGACUCAACACUAUCGACCACAUCGAAAACGUCCUCGCGCAAGGAUAAGAAAAAUUCACAGGCGUCAAGAUUCACGAUAUACAAGGUGCACAAGGCUUCGAAAAAGAAACGCGAAAAAUCGUCCGCCAAAAAAGAGCGAAAGGCCACUAAAACAUUGGCCAUCGUUUUGGGCGUUUUUCUGUUCUGCUGGCUGCCAUUCUUCACCUGCAACAUUAUGGAUGCGAUGUGCGCCAAAUUCAAUAAAGACUGCCGACCGGGCUUAACGGCCUUCAUGCUUACCACCUGGCUGGGCUAUAUCAAUAGUUUUGUCAAUCCCGUCAUCUAUACGAUAUUCAAUCCAGAAUUUCGUAAGGCAUUCAAAAAAAUCAUGCAUAUGGGGUGAUUACAAACAGUCAACAGCAAUAGCAAAUAUCAUCAUCAUCAACGUCAUCAGCAACAUCAACAUCAUCUCUACCCUGUAGUGCAGCAAACUGAGAUGGCUUCAGGAUCACGAGCAGCACUACAAAUUAAACUUGACCUAGAGCAAGAAGCACAACUGUACCUACAAUUCUGUAAGUACUUAAGAAUGAUGUUUUAGAUUAGUUUAAGCCACACGACGAAUAUUGUAUAAAACCGAAAAGAAAAACAAACCUUGUGCCAAAAAAACCAAAAACACACACAUUUUUGAUCUCUCACAAUAUCUCGAUCUCGAUUAGCCAUUCAGCCAGCCAGAUCAACUCAAAGUCAGCAAUCAAUAAUCUAUGAAUGUAUGAUUGAAAUAAGCAUAACUAUAACUAUUUAUAUACCCAUUAUGGCAAAUGUGUAAAUAGCUAGAAACCAAAAAUCACAUAAAUAAUAAUGUACAUACAAGUUAUA